UAUUACACGACUUGAUCGUCUCAUACUGCCUGCAGUCGAAAUAAAUAAAUCAAAUCAAAUUUGAUAUACCCGUGCUUUGAAAAGGCAACGACUGCCAUCCCUCACAUGUCCUUUUACUUGUGCAUGUUUAGCGCUUGUGUUAAUCUUGAUUUAGUCUUCUCUUUCCCCUUUAAUUUUUUUUUUCUGCUAGGGAAAUUGCUCCACCACCAGCAUCAGCAGCCGCUGCUCCUUGAUGUUGUGGUAGUGUGUGCGCAUGCGCUCCACAUUGGAAUUACUGCACUGGCCAGAAUAAGUUGGAUCUCUCUUCUGUCUUCACUGAAAUCCUAAAUCAUAUCAAAACUAUGGCGAUGCUGAGAAUCAGGAAAAGGAGCAACUUUGGUUUUUGGACGUUUCCCGUAAUAGUGGCAGUGGUCUGUGCGCAAAGUGUCAAUGACCCUAGCAAUAUGUCACUGGUAAAAGAAACUGUGGAUAGACUGUUGAAAGGAUAUGACAUUCGCUUGAGGCCAGAUUUUGGAGGUCCCCCGGUGGCAGUUGGCAUGAAUAUAGACAUUGCCAGUAUAGAUAUGGUAUCUGAAGUCAAUAUGGACUAUACACUGACAAUGUAUUUCCAACAAGCGUGGAGAGAUAAACGACUGUCAUAUUCUGAGAUUCCUCUCAAUCUAACUUUGGAUAACCGAGUCGCUGAUCAACUCUGGGUCCCUGAUACCUACUUCCUGAAUGACAAGAAGUCAUUUGUACACGGAGUCACAGUUAAAAAUCGAAUGAUACGCCUGCAUCCUGACGGGACAGUCCUCUAUGGGUUAAGAAUUACUACGACCGCAGCUUGUAUGAUGGAUCUGAGGAGAUACCCCUUGGAUGAACAGAACUGCACUUUAGAGAUAGAGAGCUAUGGCUACACCACAGAUGACAUUAACUUCUACUGGCGUGGGGGAGAUCGUGCUGUGACGGGAGUGGAACGGAUUGAGCUGCCCCAGUUCUCCAUUGUAGACUACAACCUUAUCUCCAGGGAUGUGGUGUUCUCCACAGGGGCUUACCCCAGGCUCUCCCUCAGCUUCAAACUGAAGAGAAACAUUGGGUACUUCAUCCUGCAGACAUACAUGCCUUCAAUUCUGAUCACAAUUCUCUCCUGGGUCUCCUUUUGGAUUAACUACGAUGCCUCUGCUGCCAGAGUUGCUUUAGGAAUUACAACGGUGCUCACCAUGACAACAAUUAAUACUCACUUAAGAGAAACCCUCCCCAAGAUCCCCUAUGUCAAAGCCAUAGAUAUGUACCUGAUGUGCUGCUUCGUGUUUGUGUUCUUGGCCCUGUUGGAGUAUGCACUGGUCAACUACAUCUUCUUUGGGAGGGGGCCACAGCGACAGAAGAAGGCAGCAGAGAAAGCAGCAACUGCAAACAAUGAGAAAAUACGAAUGGAAGCUAACAAGUGGAUGGUGGGAAAUGUAGUUCAGAGAGACGAUGCACUGUAUGCCAGAAUGAAACAGAGGGAAAUUGAUGCUCAUGACUCAAUGUGGGAGCCAAUCUUUGUGGAGGAUGCAGCAAUGGGACUGGGCGAGCAAAAGAAUAAGAUGGAUCCUCAUGAAAAUAUUUUAUUGAGCACACUUGAAAUGAAGAAUGAAAUGGCUGCCUCUGAGCUCACAUUGGGCCUUAGUGACCCAAGAAGCACCAUGCUUGCUUAUGAUAGUUCCACCCUUCAGUACCGCAAGGCUGGAUUGGCCAGGCAUAGCUUUGGACGGAAUGCUAUGGAAAGGCAUGUAGGACAGAAGAAAAGCCGGCUACGAAGGCGUGCUUCCCAGUUGAAAAUCACCAUCCCUGACUUGACUGAUGUAAACUCUAUCGACCGGUGGUCACGGGUGAUUUUCCCCAUGGUUUUCUCCUUCUUCAACAUUGUUUAUUGGCUCUACUACGUGAAUUAAGAAGACUGAGGAAUGCGGAAGACAGCAUUCAAUUUGUUGAUUCAUUUUACAACACAAGCCAGACUUUUGAAUUAUUACAUCCAAAAUAAAUCAGGACUAACUACAUUUGAUCUUUGAACACCUUAAUUGCUGGCUAACACAUAUACAAUCUUAGAGGUGUGAGAAACAGUGAACGGUGCCUGUUCCAGAAUUUAGCAUAUACAGUAAAUCCAUCAAUUAAGCCUCCACUAUUAUGUUCUUAUUUAUUUAUUUAUUUAUUUAUUUAUUUAUUUAUUUAUUUAUGUAUCUAUGUUUUUAUGUUUUCACAUUACAGUGACUUUAUAACCUUUCCUGUCUUAAUUGAUCAAAUUCUGGAACUUUCAAUGGGUCAAGCCAAAUUCCCACCAGUGCAAUUAAAAAAAAAACACACACAUCAGAAUACACUAUGACAAUGUUUAAACAGACAUAUCUUAAAUGUCUGAUUUCACGUUGUAUCAUAUUUUUUAUUUACUGAUACAGGCAGAACAGCUGAAAGUCACUUAAAGUAUACAUUUAUAUGAAUUAUUUGUGUUCUACCGUUACCUUAUUUUGCAUGCCUCCCAUUGUGUUUUUGUGAAGUAUUUAUAGGAUAACUGGUGGGGCAUGGGGGUAGUGUGGCCUUGUUUACUUGCUGCCCAUUCCAUUUGGAAACAUUUUACAGCAACUUCAUGGUCUUAUGUUCUGUCACGAAUGUUGUCUUAAGUUGCAUGUAAGGGGGGAGCGUACUGUAUUCAAAGUGGCACUUCAAAAGUUUUUCCCUUAUUCAAUUCCUUUAACAACAUUUCACUUCUAGGAGUUAUUGUUUUGGAACACAGCUUUAUUUAUUUAUUUAUUUCAUUUAAUAUAAAUGAUCAUUUUUAUUUUUGGUUAAGAUAUAUAAUGAGCCUAGGUCAUAAGAAAUAGAAACAUAUUAUUUCGUAAAACUAUUACAAAUGCAUGUGCACUUAUGUUCUGACCACGUGGCUUUCAGAACACUAAUUGAAUAUUAUUUAUUUAUUUGUAUUUGUUUCACUUUCCAUGUACAGAAAAAGAGGAUACAAGGCUUUAGAAAUGGUCUGAUGUGGUCAGCUGAUUGAUUCCCUAUGUUGCGUCAUUCAAUUCUAUUAUAUUUUAUUUUGUGUUUGAAGGACUGGCUUUCUAACUGUUAAGAAGAUACAAAACAAGAGACUACCCUUUUAUGACAAAUAGACACACAUAUGUUUCUCUUACAUUGAUAGAAUUCACAUUUUGGUCAAGUUUGAAUUCUGGGAUGAUUCAUUUUCGGCACUAUAAAAUCAAUUUUGAGAUUAACCAAAGCCAACUGGGCCAAGGACCCUUCUAGGUCAAGCAUUUUGUGCUGCCAGUCAUUGCAAAGAACGUGCUGCUAAUGACAAACAAAUAUUUCUACUAGGACUCUUAUUUACUGAAUGAGAUAAACCAACUGAAACUUAAACAAUGAGACACUCAAUCAUAAUUGACUUCCCAUUUUUUUUUAAAGUUCAAUUACUUGCUUGACAUUCUUAAAAGCAGAUUACUGUAUAUAAACAUGGCCUGAUAUAACAGAACUGUACUUUUUUAUAUUUAUUGUAAGACAGGAUGGUAUCUUGUUUUUUAUGGGUUACUUAAAGGCAGUAAACAUAUAAAAAAAAAAGUUUUCACCAUUAACAGUAAUGACACACAUCUUUUAAAGUAAUGGACAUAACAAACAGUGAUCUCUUAAAACCCCCUAAGGUUGAUGUAAUAUUAAAGAGCAAGAGAGACAAAAAAUACAUUUUUGCAACAUAGCUGUAUUCCAAACGUGCCCUGCCAGCUUUAGGACUGGUUCCUUGAGUAUUCAAAAUAUAUGCAUCUCUGGUUGUACAGUACCUGUAUGUGGACAAAUAAAUCAAAUAAUCUAAAUCCCAAGUUUUGAAGAGUACAUCUGAAAUGAAUGCACUGCAUGGAAGUCCUUUUAUAUAAACCAUUGAUAAUAUAGUAGACUUUUCUAUCCUGAUAAAACAAACAGGAUCUAGAGAGAAAAACUCAACAGAGUGCAUAAAUUGACUUUCAACUUUUGCAAUAUGCAGUGUCAGCGUGUGAAUGUAAGUGACAAAUCUAACCAAUGUUGUGAACAUUGGAAUUGAGCUACCUUUCUUAUUAAGUUGUCAUCCAACAGAUUUAACUGAAGGAAAACACAUUGCAAGUCUGUUGACAAACAUAUUGAAAUAAAUCAGACUGCAAGUCCAUUUCCAAAUCCCCCAAAUACUCACUUUUCUACCUCCGUAUAGAUAAAGCCCCUAUGCCCAUGCAAGCUAGAUUAUAAAAAAAAAAAAAAAAAUGUAUGAAUUUUAAAAGAUUCAAAAAUGAGCUCACACCCCACGUUGUAUUAAAUAAGCUUUAAGGAACUAGAGGAAUACUCAACAAUAAAUUGCAAGUUACAUGGAAAACUAAAAGUACUUACAAGUAUUUCAAAUUAAGUAACGUACGUUUACCAUGAGUUCAUCUGUCUAUCAAUAAAUCGAGUGUUGUGUAUACUGUUAUAAUGGGCCAUUGUCUUUGGCAAUUUUGAUCCCUCUACCACUUACUUUAUUCAUACAUUUACAUGUUCCUGAUUUUCGCAAGAAUCAAUAACACCAAGUAACAUAAUAAAUUUCCAAUGAAAGUCAUUAUGCAACAAAAAAAGAGUCUGAAACCUUUUUCACUUUUAAGUUGUUACUUUCUUUCAGAUAUGUUCAGAUACUAAUGGAUUUUGUAUAAUAGCAAAAAUAUUACAAAUCCAAUUCACAAUUUAAAUUGUCAGCAAUUCUGAGUAGUCCCAACAAUUUGUUUUUUCUGCAUUUUAAAUUAUACUCAAUAUGGGAUACUGAGCCAGCAGUUAAGGCGUUGUGUUAUAGACAUUUCACAACAACUUAUGACGAACAGCAAGGCACAGUUUCAAUGUUACCUUCCUCAGUAAUCUGUAAAUAUAUACUGUAUAUGAUUGUUAACAUUUAUGAUAUGCAUUUCAAUUUAAGUGAAGAUUCAUGAAGCAUAUUUCCGUGUUUACAUAAGGAAUGUUAUGUUUAUAUUUAGUAUUUCAGGGUUUUGGUGGGGGGGGGGGGGGGGGGGUCUUGAAUGGCUUAUGUCUUUAAAAAGAUUAAGUUCAGAUGCAUGGAUUUUAAAGUAAUAUUUUAUCAUGAAGAAGACUAUUAUUUGUCAUUGUUCAAACUGGAGUAAAGAAACUGUAACCCAUGUGUUGCUGAAAAACUGUUUAUGCAUUCAUAUAUGUUGUUCUUUACAGGAUCAAACAUCUGAAAGCCUGUAGUAUUCUCCGUCUGUGUGAGUAAUUCCGUACUAAAAGAUACUGUAUGUGGAAAAGUCUUCAGCAGCAAAGUGGCUCAGGCAUUGCAUAAAACAGGAAUAUUAAAAAGCACAGCACUGCUUGGUGUCACCACUAGCAUACGAAGCCUUCAGGUUUCAUAUUCCACAGUGUUUCUGUUUGGAUUACAUUGAUAUUUUAACAGGGUCUGAUUUUUUAAAUGGAGUGUAUAUUCUAAAAGUGGAUUUAAAUAUUAAAUUUUUUGCACUUUUGUUCUGUAAUUAUAAUUGGCCUCAGGAGCAUCCCUUCUACUUUUUAAUCUCAAGUAAAUUACAUCAAUCGAAUAGACAGAAACAAAAACAUAUGUAGAUUAAUAUGUUUUUUUUUACAUAUGUUAUCCCAUGCAAAGUAAUUCAUGCAAAGCAAUAUUGCAUGUUUAGAUAUUUCCAUUGCAAAAUGAAAUAUAGUAAUUCGAUGUACAGUUGUAAUCUUAACAGACACCUGUCAUGAACAAAAGGUUUGCAAAAAAAAAAAGUUUGAACACUAUUUGGAGCAUCUUCCGAAUGGUAAUUGUAAAGAUGACUGUAGACUGUAACGGAAUGACAUGUUUUAUCUUUAUUACUUUUGAACAAACAAACAAACAAAAAACAAAAAAAAACAGGGAAGUUAAGUGCACAAUUUAAUGAUUUUUAUUUUUAUUUUUUGCUUUGUAAUCUUCGCUAUUUAUUCAAUAUAUUUAAAGAUCCUGAGAUUAUUGGUAACAUUUCUAAUUAGACUGUCCUCAACAAACAUGCCCAAAUUAAUAUGCUAAUAUUGUUAUUAUUUAAACUGAUAACACAGACACCAACAGAAUACAAUGUCAAUCAAUGGCAAAAACAUGUACCUUUUUAAUGAUCAAGUUGCCAAAAUGCAGAGACAAACCCAUUUAGCCUUGAAAAAAAAAUUGACUUGAACAAUGUUAGAACAUACUGUAUGAUAAAACGAAUACUAUUGUUGCAGCUGCUUGUUUUGUUGGUGUAUUUUACUAUUACUUCACAGCAAGUACAGUGAUGUGCUGCAUAUCCUCGUUUUUGUUUCUACAGUGACACUUAUUGCUUUGCUACAGUAUAUUGAGCCUAAAAUUGUUCAUAGUGUGCUCAUUUUUUGUUUAUUAAUGAUGCCUAAUUUAAAAUGUUACCAAAUCAUCUGAGUCCGUUGGUGCUUUAAUAUGAUUUUAAUUAAUAGAUUAUUAGAAAAAAAAAAAAAAAUCUUGGUGUAAUAAUUUUUUCACAAUGGGUGGGCGCCUGGGGUUUAGUUACUGUGUUACAGAAACAUAUUGCUAGUUGUAUAUAUGAGAUAUCCUGUGAGUGACCUCCACUCGGAAAAUACAUUCUUGUAAAUAUUAGCAGGUUUCUUAAGGACAUUUUUAACUCCCUAAUUUGUACUUUACUGUAAGGCGAAUGCAAAGCAAUUUCAUGGUUUAAGCUAACAUAUUAAACAUUAAUGUAAAUAUUUCUGAGUGUCACUUGCACACUUAGUGAGUAAAUUAUCAGCUUCUAGCUUUGUUUCAUUUUAAUGCAAUAACAGUGUCCUAGCAAGGCUCAUGAACAACCACUGAAGUCAUACACUUUUUUAUUUUAGUUUUUUUCCCCCGAUUUCCUUUAAUAAUUCAAAAUUGCAGAAUGUAGCAAAAUAUAUCGCAUUUCAUUUCACAGAGAAGGUUAACGUCAAAUUGAAUCCUGCUUUGUGUAAAAAGCAGUUUGGUCUCCAGACUUUUACAAAUGAUACACACAUAUGAAAAUAUUGGACUGGAUCUAGCUGGUGUGGCUUAAGUAUGUGUCAUGUGUAACUGCAACACAUUGAAUAUAUUUAUUUUAUACCACACAUUGAAAUGUCUUGCUAUUAUUUGUUAUACAUCUCUGCUGUAGAUAGUCAAAAUCCCUGGUGAGCUGGGUACAGUGAGGAUUUUUAAUGACCUCAGAAAGUACUAUGGCAAUGUGAUUUGCACAGGUUUACAAAAGAGCCAUAUAAUACAGCCCAGCAGCCCUUACAAAACAAAACAAAAAAAUCAAGUUUUCAGCAACAUUCCAACAUUCCAAAUUAGCUUUUGAUCACAAACACACAGGAGAGACCUGGAAAGAACUUCUCAUUUAAAUAGCACAUGAUAAAAAAAGGAAUAUACUGUAUAUUGUCUUCAAAAUAUUGAACUCAAGCAGUCCAAAUGCAAAAUAAGAUUCUACUCCUCAACUGCGACCUAUUGUUAUGUAUACACAUGCGUUGGUACACUCUGCUGGGACACUGUCUUUGCAAUGUCUUGUCUGUAUUUAGUCGUUUUUCAUGCAGUAGUUUUCUUGUAUGCACAUAAUGAAACUGUUUUUUUUUGACAAUGAUGACUAGAAAAAUGAAACUAUGUGGACAACAUUGAAUUAAAGUUUCAUGUCCACCUUGCCAGGAAUGCCAAGGGCUGGGAUAAAUGGAAAAAAAAAGUGAAUUGUUGACUGUAAAUGAGUAGUGUCAUAAGAAAUAUUUUCUGGAAUAAAAAAAAAAAAGAAAUAUAUAUAUAUAUAUAUAUAUUGCAGCCAAUUUCUGCAUGUAAAUAUAAACUACUGUUGACUAGUGUGUAAUUCUUGAAAUUAAAAUAAUGCAAUAUAAAUAAAAAGACAUUUAAAUCAA